AUGGAUACCUUCAAGCAAUUGGAGAUUACUAUACCUUUGACCAAAUCACUGCAACAAAUUCCUGCUUAUGCAAAACACUUGAAGCAGUUCCUUAGUAAAAAGAAGAGGUAUUUUGAUAAGGGAACAAUUGAAGUGCAGGGUAAUUGCAGUGCCAUAUUGCAGAAGACGCUUCCUCCCAAAUUCAAAGAUUCGGGGAGUUUCACCAUCCCUUGCACCAUUGGGAAUCAUGAUAUAGGGAAGGCUCUAGUUGACAUAGGGGCUAGCAUCAAUCUGAUGCCCCUAUCUAUGGUAGAGAAUAUGGGUGGUCUUGAGGUCAAACCUACAAGAAUGAUCUUGCAAAUGGCAGACAGGUCCAUUAAGCAUCCUUAUGGUGUAGUGGAAGAUGUUGUGAUACAGAUUGACAAACUCAAAUUCCAGUGGAUUUUGUAG